AUGAGUGUCGGAGAAUAUGCAGCUAAGUUUGAUGAACUGUCAAAAUACUGUCCAUAUUUUGCUCAAGCUGAUGAUCGGUCUAGGUGUUCUAAGUUUGAAAGCGGACUUCGACCUGAUAUCAAACAAGCUAUUAGCUGUCACCAAGUCCAACAUUUUCCAACCUUGGUGGACAGAUGUCGAAUAUAUGAGAAUGACACCAAAGCUCGCCAAACUCUGUGGAAGCAAUCAGGUCCUCAUCGCCCCGCUCAUAGUUUCGGAUCAAGGGGUAAAGAAGUUCAAGAAAAACGUAAGCCGUAUUUUACGCCAACAAGGAGUUAUUGGAGCGAACCUGUAAAAAGCCAGAGGUCAAGCAGUGGAAGCGUAAAUCGACCACCCUUGAUGUGCUACAACUAUGGAGGUCCUCAUUUCAAAUCUCAAUGCCGUCAGCAUCCUAACCCUUGUCCUAAAUGUCAAAGAACGGGCCAUCUUGGUCACUUCUGUAGACAACCUACCCGCAGCAAUGACACUAUCUCUACGGGAACGAACCGAAGAAACCCCAGUCAAGGCCAAAGGAAUUCCAGUAAUCAGGGUGAGGUGAGAAGUCAAAACCCCGUUAACGUAUCUCCAACAUCGGUAGGAAGACCCAGUACAAGGGGGAGAGUAUUUACAAUGAGUGGUGCUGAAGCUGCUCAAUCUUAA